AUGGUCAAGAUUAACUGCGAAGCCCCCGUCGAGGGCAUUGUCGGAGCAUACACGGACAACAGCUUUGCCUUCCAAGCCUCCAUCACCAGCCUGAUAGGUUGCGCCAUGUACAGUGCCCUCGAGUUGAUCGUCCUGGUCUUCUUGGUAUUCAGCCGCUACCAUGGCCUGUACUUCUGGAGCCUCCUCAUCACAUCAUCCUGCGGCAUCAUCCCGGAUGCGCUUGGCCUAGUAUUGAAAUACUUUGAGCUCGCACCAAUCUGGAUACCCGUCACUCUAUCAACGGCUGGCUGGACGAUCAUGGUAACUGGCCAGUCGCUAGUACUGUACUCACGACUACAUCUGGUAGUCUAUAACACCAAAGUACUCCGCUUCGUGCUGGGGAUGAUCAUCUUUGAUGCGAUCACUAUGCAAAUUCCGCAAAUCAUUGCCUCAUACGGCGCGGUUUUUGCCUGCCAAAAACAUUUCAUGCGCUUUUUCAAUAUCUGGGAGAAAGUGCAGCUGACUGUAUUCUUUGUGCAAGAGAUCAUUAUCUCAACGAUCUUCAUCGUGGCAGCAAUGAGGCUUAUGCGUCUGAAUCCGACAUGGACCAAGCGAAGAUCCAAUCUCAUGUUUCAGCUGCUUACGAUGAAUUUUGCGAUCAUAGCGAUGGAUGUCUCCCUUUUGACACUGGAGUUCUUGAGCUUGUUUAUCUUACAGACGGUGCUGAAGGUCUUUUUUUAUACUGUCAAGCUGAAGCUGGAGAUUGCGGUGUUGUCGCGGUUGAGUGCUUUUGCUCGGUCGCAUUACCAAGAUGAAAGCUCUGGGUUGAGCGGAUUAACUUGA